AUUUAAUGUCAGAGUUAUAUCCAAGCUUUAAUAAGGGUUUGUUACCUUUCUUUACUUUAAAUUGGAAUGAAUAUAAUGAUUUUCUAACAUUUAAAGGAGGUUUAAAUCCGGUAACAGGAGGUUUAUGGUUAACAGAUAUUGCACAUCAUCACUUAGCUAUAGCAGUGAUUUUUAUAAUCGCUGGUCAUAUGUAUAGAACUAACUGGAGCAUUGGACAUAGUCUAAAAGAAAUCUUAGAUGCCCAUAAAGGACCUUUUACAGGUGAAGGACAUAGAGGAUUAUUUGAAAUACUUACAACAUCUUGGCAUGCGCAGCUUGCCAUUAAUUUAGCAAUGUUAGGAUCGUUAAGUAUUAUAGUAGCACAUCAUAUGUAUGCUAUGCCACCUUAUCCGUAUUUAGCUACAGACUAUCCAACUCAGUUAUCUCUUUUUACACACCAUAUGUGGAUUGGUGGGUUCUGUAUUGUUGGAGCAGGUGCUCACGCAGCUAUAUUUAUGGUAAGAGACUAUAGUCCUGCGCAAAAUUAUAAUAAUUUGUUAGAUAGAGUAAUAAGACAUAGAGAUGCAAUAAUUUCUCAUCUGAACUGGGUCUGUAUUUUUCUAGGUUUUCAUAGUUUUGGCUUAUACAUACAUAAUGAUACCAUGAGAGCACUAGGAAGACCACAAGAUAUGUUUUCAGAUGUAGCUAUUCAACUGCAACCUAUUUUUGCACAAUGGAUACAGAAUUGUCAUUCAAUUGCACCAGGUAAUACAGCACCAAAUGUUUUAGCUACAACUAGUUAUGUUUUUGGAGGAGAUAUUAUAUCGGUCGGAAAUAAAAUUGCUAUAAUGCCUAUGUCUCUUGGAACAGCAGAUUUUAUGGUGCAUCAUAUUCAUGCUUUUACAAUUCAUGUAACAGCUUUAAUAUUAUUAAAAGGAGUUUUAUUUGCUCGUAAUUCUAGAUUAAUACCGGAUAAGGCUAAUUUAGGAUUUAGAUUUCCAUGCGAUGGACCAGGAAGAGGUGGAACUUGCCAAGUUUCUGGAUGGGAUCAUGUUUUUUUAGGACUAUUUUGGAUGUAUAACAGUUUAUCUAUUGUAAUAUUUCAUUUUAGUUGGAAAAUGCAAUCAGAUGUUUGGGGAACUAUUUCCUCAUCAGGAGAUAUAUCACAUAUAACAAGAGGAAAUUUUGCUCAGAGCGCUAUUACUAUUAAUGGGUGGUUAAGGGAUUUUCUAUGGGCCCAAGCCUCACAAGUAAUUCAAUCCUAUGGUUCAUCCUCAUCUGCUUAUGGUUUAAUGUUCUUAGGUGCUCAUUUUGUGUGGGCAUUUAGUUUAAUGUUUUUAUUUAGUGGCAGAGGUUAUUGGCAAGAGUUAAUUGAAUCUAUUGUAUGGGCGCAUAAUAAAUUAAAAGUUGCUCCAUCAAUACAACCACGUGCCUUAAGUAUUACUCAAGGCAGAGCAGUUGGGGUAGCUCAUUAUUUACUUGGCGGUAUAGCAACUACUUGGGCAUUUUUUCUAGCAAGAAUAAUUGCAAUUGGAUAAUGUAUAAUUAUCUUAUAUCAUGAUAUGUUAUAAG